GGAGGGUGACCUGCGAGGAGCCCAACAGCCGCAUGCACAGCUUCACAGGCACCCUGGAGUGGAGGGGACAGACCCACUCCCUGGACAGCGAGAGGAUCCUGCUCAGGGGCUGCAGGAUCCGCAACACCCACCUCUGCUACGGCCUGGUGAUCUACGCGGGAUUUGAUUCCAAAAUUAUGAGGAACUGCGGGAAGAUCAAGCGGAAGAAAACCAAGCUGGACCGCAUGAUGGACCGGCUGGUGGUGGUGAUCUUCCUGCUGCUGUUGGUCACAUCCCUCUGCCUCGCCGUCGCCUCCGGGUUCUGGGCCAGGAUGUUCCAGGAGAAGCACAGCUACCUGGCUGCCAUCUACAGGAACACGAGCCCUGCCCAGCAGGCCUUCUUCAACUUCUGGGGCUUCACCAUCCUCCUGAGCGUCAUCAUUCCCAUGUCCAUGUACAUAACGCUGGAAUUCAUCUACCUGGUGAACAGCUUCUUUAUCAACUGGGACCUGGGGAUGUAUUACGCUGUGAAGGACAUUCCAGCCAAAGCCAGGAGCACCAGCCUCAACGACCAGCUGGGCCAGAUCGAGUACAUCUUCUCGGACAAGACGGGCACCCUGACCCAGAACAUCAUGAGCUUCAAGAAGUGCUGCGUCAGCGGCACCAUCUACGGUCCCGGCACAGGCCACGAGAACAAACAGCCACCAGGCUUGGGGCCAGCCUGGGACCACCGCGGGGAGCUGAAGGUGGAUGUGAGGCUGUUGGAAGCCGCCCAGAGGGACAGUGACCCCGUGCUGAGGGAGUUCCUGAGGCUGCUGGCGCUGUGCCACACGGUCAUGGUGGAGGAGAGGGGCGACCAGCUGAUUUACCAGGCAGCCUCACCAGAUGAGGAGGCCCUGGUGUUGGCAGCCAGGAGCUUGGGGUACGUGUUUCUGGCCAGAACCCAGGACACCAUCACCAUCAGAGAGCUGGGGAGGACCAGGACCUACCAAGUGCUGGCCAUGCUGGACUUCAACAGCGACCGCAAGAGGAUGUCUGUCCUGGUGCGAGACCCCCAGGGCAGCAUCCGGCUCUACACCAAGGGAGCCGACACCGUCAUCCUGCAGAGGCUGCGGAGCCGCGGCCCCGGCGAGGCCCUCACCGAGCGGGCCCUGGAUCUCUUUGCAGAGGAGACCCUGAGGACCCUGUGUGUGGCCAGCAAGGAGGUGAGCGAGGCCGAGUACCAGGAGUGGGGCAGGAGGCACCACGAGGCCUCUGUGCUGCUGCAGGACCGUGCCCAGGAGCUGGACAGGCUGUACGAGGAGAUGGAGCAGGACCUGCAGCUGCUCGGGGCCACAGCCAUCGAGGACAAGCUGCAGGAGGGAGUCCCUGAGACCAUCCAGCUGCUGAAACUGGGCAACAUCAAAGUGUGGGUGCUGACAGGAGACAAACAAGAGACUGCCACCAACAUCGGCUACGCCUGCAAACUGCUGACGGACGACACGGAGAUCCUGGAGGAGAAGGAGGUCAGUGAGAUCCUCCAGGCUUACUGGGCCAGCAACAACAACCUCAGUGGCAGUGGGGGAGCCCCAGGCAGCAGCCACCCAUCCCAGCAGUGCCCAGAGGCUCCGUGCCACAGGAGGAGAGCCGUCAUCGUCAGCGGGGACUUCCUGGACAAAAUCCUGCGCACGGGAGAGGUGCUGAAGGAGAAGAAGGGGUGGCCGUGGCGGUGGCUGCCCCGUGGCGGGACUGGGGUCUCCCAGGAGCAGGGCAGCCUGGUGGAGAAGGCCUUCGUGGACUUGGCCACCAGCUGCCAGGCCGUGAUCUGCUGCAGGGUGACCCCCAAGCAGAAGGCCCUCAUCGUGCAGCUGGUGAAGAAGCACAAGCAGGCCGUCACCCUGGCCAUUGGGGACGGGGCCAACGACGUCAACAUGAUCAAAACCGCCGACAUCGGGGUGGGGAUCAGCGGGCUGGAGGGGCUGCAGGCCGUGCAGUGCAGCGACUACGCCCUGGCCCAGUUCUGCCACCUGCAGCGCCUGCUGCUCGUCCACGGCCGCUGGGCCUACCUGCGCAUCUGCAAGUUCCUCCGCUUCUUCUUCUACAAGACCUUCGCUGGGCUCAUGGCCCAGGUCUGGUUCGCUUUCCACAGCGGAUUCACGGCUCAGCCCCUGUUUGAGGGCUGGUUCCUCGCACUCUACAACAUUUUCUACACUUCCUACCCCGUGCUGUCCGUGGGCCUUCUGGAGCAGGACGUGAGUGCCAAGCAGAGCCUGCAGUUCCCCGAGCUCUACGUGACGGGGCAGCAGGACGAGCUCUUCAACUACCGCGUGUUCGGGCUCACCCUCCUGCACGGGGUCGGCACUUCCCUCACCAGCUUCUACAUCGCCCGCUGGGCCUUCGAGGACCACGUUGGCAGCAAAGCUGUCGGGGACUACGAGUCCUUCUCCGUCACCGUGGCCGUGUCGGCGCUGCUCUCGGUCCUCGUGGAGAUCGUCCUGGACACCAGGUUCUGGACUGUGUUGUCCUUCCUGAUGGUCACAGCCAGCCUGCUGUUCUUCUGCCUCUUCUCCUUCCUGACCCAAAGUGUUGAUGCCUUCAGGAUAGCCCCUGCCAUCUUCUCAUUCCCAGAUGCCAGCCGGAAUGCCCUCACUGACCCCUACGUGCUGCUGGUGGUCCUGCUGUCCCUGGUGGUGAACACCAUCCCCUCACUCACCGUCCACGCGUUCCGCGCCACCACGGGCAAAACCACCAUCCAGCAGAAGAUCCACUUGAAGGCCAAGAAGGAGCCGGAGCCCUCGGUGGAGCUGAAGGCCCACAUCCCCCGGGGCUCCUUCUGCCGCCGCUCCAGCUACGCCUUCUCCCACCAGCAGGGCUAUGCUGGGCUCAUCACCAGGGGGGACAGCCUGAGAGCCAAGGCCACCCCUGGGGACAGCCUGAGGGCCAGGGCCACCCCUGGGGAUGGCCUGAGGGCCAGGGCCAUCCACAGCACCAUCCCAGAGGGGACCCCGGCCAUGUCCCCCCCCCACAGCCCCUCGGUGUAGCUGCCCUGGCUGGCACCGACCUCCCACCCUGCUGGGACAGGGGAGGAGUGUCAAAGGCGCACAG